UCUGCAUCAGAGGCCAUGUUCUCGCGCGCGGUUGCACGUGUAAGUGCGCACUGUUGCCUUGUGAGUCAGCAAAAAGAGAAGGGUGUCGGUUCGUUGUUGCAGCUGCAGCGGCUGUUGUUGCGAGUGAGCGUCUUUGGAAAGUGCGAGGCGAGGAGCGCGCGUUGCAGCACGAGCGGAUACGCGAGCGAGUCGAGCGCAACGAUGUCGGGCGACGAGAAGAAGCCGUUUCGCCGUCUGCCGUUGUACGUGCGUCCCUAUCACUAUGACAUCUCGUUGACGCCGAACCUCGGCGCUUUCACCUUCGAUGGCACGGAAAGAGUGCAUCUCGAUGUGGAGCAGACAACUGAUACCAUUGUAUUAAAUUCCUUGGAAAUUAAUAUAAAGGGUGCGACUUUUAAUGGAAAUGAUGGCAAGACUAUUUCUGCUGAGAAAAUUGAACUGUCUGCGUCGGAAGAGACAGCCACGUUGGUGUUUCCUGAAACUCUACCUCUUGGUAAAAGUGGAAGUCUAAAUAUAGAUUUCGUGGGCGACAUCAAUGAUAAAAUGAAGGGCUUUUAUAGGAGCAAAUAUACCAGAGAGGAUGGUAGUGUUGAACAUGCAGCGGUUACCCAAUUUGAGCCAACAGAUGCUAGACGUUGCUUUCCAUGUUGGGAUGAACCAGCACUCAAAGCCACAUUUGACAUUACACUAAAAGUACCAGUAGGUCUUACAGCACUUUCUAAUAUGCCUAUGAAAAGCAAAGUUACAAAUGGCGAGCACGAGAUAUUGACUUUUGAAAGAACACCUAUCAUGUCAACAUACUUAGUAGCUGUAGUAGUGGGUGAAUUCGAUUACAUAGAGGACAAGUCUAGUGAUGGUGUGUUAGUUCGAGUUUACGUCCCCAAAUCCAAAAAGGAGCAGGGUCAGUUUGCACUGGAAGUGGCCACCAAAGUAUUGCCCUACUACAAAACUUACUUUGGUAUCGCGUAUCCUCUGCCGAAGAUCGAUCUCAUAGCGAUCGCCGAUUUUUCGUCCGGUGCUAUGGAAAAUUGGGGACUGGUUACAUACCGUGAGACUUGUCUGCUUGUGGAUCCGCAAAACACCUCGGCAGUGCGCAAGCAGUGGAUCGCAUUAAUAGUAGCGCACGAAUUGGCUCAUCAGUGGUUCGGUAAUCUCGUGACAAUGGAAUGGUGGACGCAUUUAUGGCUGAACGAAGGCUACGCGUCGUUCGUAGAGUUCCUUUGUGUCGCCCAUCUAUUUCCGGAAUAUGAUAUCUGGACGCAAUUCGUCACAGAUACCCACAUCCGAGCGUUAGAGCUAGAUGCACUGAAGAAUAGCCAUCCCAUCGAGGUACCGGUCGGUCAUCCUUCGGAGAUCGAUGAAAUCUUCGACGACAUAUCCUAUCACAAAGGUGCGUCUGUGAUUCGUAUGCUGCACGCGUACAUAGGCGACGCCGACUUCAGGAAGGGUAUGAAUCUGUAUCUGAAGAAACACAGCUAUGCUAACGCGGAGACAGAGGAUCUUUGGGCCGCGUUGGAGGAGGCCAGCAAUAAGGCUGUGCGUAAAGUGAUGUCUUCGUGGACCAAAAGACAAGGCUUUCCCGUCGUCAAGGUCGACCAUCGUCAAGAGAACGAGAACAGGAUCCUGUCGUUGUCUCAGGAAAGAUUUUUGGCUGACGGAUCGGUGGACAGCGAUGCGGACAACAUAUGGCUGAUACCGAUAAGCGUGAGCUCGUCUCAAGAUCCAAACAAAGCAGUAUUCGACGGCAUACUGGAUGCGAAAACGAAGGAAUUUGCGAUCAAGGACAUCCCUGAGGGUACGUGGUUGAAGAUCAAUCCUGGUACCAUCGGUUUCUAUCGGACUCGUUAUAGUCAGUCCGCUCUGUCGCUUCUAUUGCCGGCGAUUAAGGAUCACACAUUACCUCCUCUGGAUAGACUAGGCUUGCUAGAUGAUCUCUUUGCAAUGGUGCAAGCGGGUCACGCGUCUACCGUAGAAGUGCUCGAUCUUAUGCAAGCGUUUUUGCACGAAGACAAUUAUACCGUGUGGUCUACCAUAGUAAACAUUUUGAGCAAAAUUAACAUUCUCAUCUCGCAUUUAGAUUUCGAAGACUCCUUCAAAGCGUUUGGACGUAACAUAUUCCGCGACGUGAAUAACAGGCUAGGCUGGGAUCUCAAACCGAACGAGAGUCACUUGAACACUUUACUCAGGUCUCUCGUGUUAGGUCGCAUGGCGGCAUUGAACGAUCAGGAUACCAUUGAGGAGGCGAAAAGAAGAUUCGAGCUUCACGUAAACGGCACCACGACGCUUGUCGCCGAUUUGCGCAGUCCGGUUUAUCGAGCUGUGCUUUCCGUGGGCGACGCCAAUACUUAUGAAACUAUGAUAAAACUGUACAAAGACGCGGAUCUUCAGGAGGAGAAGGAGCGGAUUUUGCGGGCUCUCGGCGCGAUCAAGGACAAGGAGCUGCUGAGAAAAGUCCUGGACUUUGCUAUGAGCGAAGACGUCCGUGCCCAGGAUACGGUAUUCGCCAUCAUGUCGGUGGGUUUGUCGUACAAGGGACGUCUUAUGGCGUGGAACUUCUUCAAGGAGAAGUGGAAGACCCUGCUGGACCGUUACGAGGGAGGUUUCUUGCUGGCGCGGCUGGUCAAGUUUACCACAGAGAAUUUCGUCACCGAGGAGCAAGCCAAAGACGUAGAGAGCUUCUUCGAGACUCACCCGACCCCGGGCACGGAAAGAACGGUGCAGCAAUGCGUGGAAUCCAUCAGACUGAACGCCGCGUGGCUCGCUCGAGAUAAGGACUCGAUCAAACAAUAUCUUACCACUCAAGUCUAGUACAUAUAAAGAGCAAUUUUUAUUUUUUCUUUGUUACCUUAAUUGAAAAACGGCAUAACUUGAAACCGCGUGAAUCGAAUUGUUUUAUCGUGCUUGGAGCGUCUCAUGUCGUGAUUGUUAUCAAUUAGGCACGGACUGUCUCUUGUGUAUGAAUAAUGCAUAAAUAAUCCAAUACAAAUCAUAUGUAUGCACGCUCGACGAAAAACGCAGAUUUUUAAAUGGGGGUUAAAAAUUUGGUUGAGUGAGGAUGAAAGAAUGGAUGAAUAUUAUAUAUCCUUUUGUACACAUCUAUUGUAUCUUGACUGAUGAGUCAUUUUAAUGCAACAUGAUUUUACAUUGUUAUUAUAGUAUUUAAUUCUUAAUUGCCAAUGAUACUAUUGGUAGCAACACAUAGAUCCGUCAGUCCGAGUUUGUCAUUGAGAAGAAAAAAUUUUAAUAUUUAGCAACUUUAUGUUGAUCACGCUAUAUCAUCAUUAUAUAAUAGAAGAGUUGAAAAACUUGAAUAUUAUAUGUUCAAACUUUUGGUUUUCAGUGACAUACUCUGCAGUAAUAUUUUAAACAAAACUUAGAUGUGAUUUAUAUAUUGAUGCGAUACCAGUUAAAAGUUGAUAUAUUCCGUUUAUAUUGUUGUUUAUUCAUAUACAUGAUCCAUUCGCGAAAAAAUAUGCUCCAGUGAAGAGAUGAAUAGAUGAAUUCUGCUAACGAUAUUCAUGGCAUAAAUGAAAACUACAUAGAAUGUAAUAAUUUUUUUUUUCAUAAAACUGUGAAAAAC